CUGGUGCACUCUCUCAUUUCCGGGUUCAAGGCCCAUGCCAUGCAGCCCGGCGAUUGUGUCUUGAUCCAUACUGGGAACAAUGUAUGUCUCUCCUCGUCUUGUAUCCAAGCCCGGUCUUACCUCUUUUUCUCCCCUUUAGGUCCUCUACACAGCUCUCUUCCUCGCUAUCAUCGGCGCUGGUGGCGUCUACAUGGGCUCCAAUCCUCAUAGCCAGGAGCACGAGUUGGACCAUGUCAUUGGGCUCACCCAGCCCAGAUGGAUCAUCACAGAGCCCCAUGCAUACCCCACAGUGCUCAAUGUUGCCGACAAGCACCACCUUCCAGCCGGCCAUGUGCUUCUCCUUGACGAUGCAACCCUUGCCGAGAUGAUUCGCUUUGUGCACACCCCAUCCCUGACUUCUCGGAACACCGACAACACCAGUCUUCUCUCCCUCCUCUCGCAUGGCACCUCACCCCCUCUCCUCAUCCCCGAUAAAGACAGAGCAGCUUCCACCCCAGCGGCCCUCUACUCUACCAGUGGCACUACGGGCCUCCCCAAAGCCGCCGUACUCACCCAUACCUCUCUCAUCGCCCAGCACGCCUCCAUCACUUAUUGCCCGUCGUAUAGAGUAACCCGCCUCAUGUCUCUCCCAAUCUUCCAUCUCUUCAGCUCCCUUUGGACGCACCUCUUCCCCCUCCGCUACGGCCACCCCCUUUAUAUCCUCCGCGAGUUCCAACUGCCUCUCUUCCUUUCCACCGUGCACCGUCAUCAAAUCAGCGAAACCUACCUCGUUCCUGCCAUGGUGCACAUGCUCAACCAAGCUCCUGACUCCCUCGAGCCAAAAUCCAAGCUGACUUCCCUCCGCUACAUCGGAGUUGCAGGUGCCCCAAUCGACCGCGCCUCCAUGACCACCUUCCAGGAACUCUUGCACCCGGAUGCCUGCGCGGGCCAAGUUUGGGGGAUGACAGAAUGCGGGGUUGUCUUUCAACACCGCUAUCCCUCCCACAGGAGAGCAGGACAGGGUGACCUGGGUAGCAUUGGCCCGGUCACUCCAGGCUGGGAGGCGAAACUCGUUUCCGGUGCGUCUCGGGUCGAGGGUGAUGAAGUGUCAGGGCAAUUGUAUGUGAGAGGUGCCGGACUGUUCACGGGAUAUUUGGGACGUAACGAGGCGAUGGUCGAUGAUGAAGGGUGGUUCGAUACGGGGGAUGUGGCGUAUGUCAAGAACGGGGAGUAUUUCAUCGUUGGUCGGACUAAGGAAUUGAUUAAAGUGCGAGGGUGGGUUUAAGUUGUCCCAUUAUUGAUUCAUAAUGUGCUAACGGGGUCCUGUGACAGAUAUCAAGUCUGCCCAGCCGAACUCGAAGCCGUGCUUCUCCAAGACACGCGAAUCGCGGACGUGGCGGUCAUAGGGAUCCGGCUUCCGGAUGGUUCAGAGGCGCCGCGCGCGUAUGUGGUACGGGCUGCAGGAGCUAAACUUUCGUCGGAGGAGGUAUAUUCGUUUCUACGCCAACGGUUGGCGGGGUAUAAGGCGCUGGAUGGGGGCGUGUUUUUUGUUGAUAGGAUCCCGCGUACAGUCAGUGGGAAGAUUCAGCGGGGGAAACUAGCCAGUAUGAAUC